AAUGGCACAUGUUAUUUUCCCGAUGUCAACCACAGGACCCUUUAAAUACCAGAUGGCACAUGGCUUCUGCCAGUGUCUAUGUGACAUUAGUACAUCAUGGUCUCCAUGUUUAUUUUCGGCUUGCUUCUGGCGGAUUUGGCUUACGGGAAUUCGCUGUCCCGUAUUAUAGGCGGUUCGGACACAUCUAUAAAAUCUCACCCUUAUCAAGUGUCGUUGCAAAACAGUUACGGCAGUCAUAAAUGUGGAGGUUCUAUCGUUGGAAGUCAGUGGAUACUUACAGCAGCUCAUUGUGUUGAGUCAGGAAAUGCUGAAGAUUUCACGAUCUCCCUCAAUGACGGGACGCUGGAUGGAAAAUAUACAGUAUACGAUGUAGCAGUCAUAAAACACCCUGACUACGUGCACCAAGGAUCUGGAGCCUUUCCCAAUAACAUUGCCCUCCUUAAGUUGAAGACCCGGAUGGAUUUCAAUACUUACGGACAUAUUGCCAUCUCCCUGGCUGCUUCUGGUCAGACUUUUGAAUGGGACACCUGCACAAUUACUGGUUGGGGACUCACAGCAGUGGAUGAUAUGAACAGCACCCCCAACGUUCUGCAAGAGACUACUGGAACAGUGCUGUCAAGUGACGGAUGUACUAGCGCUUUUGGGUCAAACUACAACCACGAUGUGCAUAUGUGUCUUGGUAACAGCGAAAGUGGGACAUGCAACCAAGACAGUGGUGGUCCUAUGGUUUGUAGUGGGGUGUUGGCGGGUGUAGCCUCGUGGGGCCGGGUUGGAUGUGACCCAAGUUACCCAAGCGUCUAUGCCAGGGUGUCUACUUACAGACAGUGGAUCGAUGAUACUAUCGCCACAAACUGAGAAUCGGAAUUUUGCUAUUUGCAGACGAUUGUUUGAAAUACGAUCAAUAAACAUUUAGCAAAUUA